GCGGUUGCAGCGACAUGCAGGGGGGCUCCUCGUCAAAUCGCGGCGCAUUGUGGGGCGGGAGGCGGCCUUUCUGUGCGUCCGUCCGAGGAGGCUACCGGGAAAUCUGCAACUAAAUAACGGAGGGGAGGAACGCAGGCUGCGCAAACGAAGCCAGGACACCGUGCGUUGUGUUGCGCGUUUUCUUUAAACGAAACAAAAAGAACAACACAACUGUAACGUUGGAGGAAAAUGGGGCAGGAAGACCUUAUGAACAAAGCCGAAGACGUGGCAGACCAGUUUCUGCGGGUGACCAAGCAGUACCUGCCCCACCUGGCGCGCCUGUGUCUCAUCAGCACGUUCCUCGAGGACGGGAUCCGCAUGUGGUUCCAGUGGAACGAGCAGAGAGACUACAUCGAGGCCACCUGGAACUGUGGCUACUUCCUGGCUACAUGCUUUGUGCUGCUUAACCUAAUCGGACAGCUCGGUGGUUGUGUCCUCAUCCUCAGUAGAAAUUUUGUACAGUAUGCCUGCUUUGGAUUAUUUGGCAUCAUAGCGUUACAGACCGUUGCUUACAGCAUUUUAUGGGACCUCAAGUUUUUGAUGAGGAACCUGGCCCUUGGAGGUGGUCUGCUCCUGCUGCUGGCGGAGUCUCGUUCGGAGGGGAAGAGCAUGUUCGCCGGCGUGCCCUCCAUGGGAGAGAGUUCGCCGAAGCAGUACAUGCAGCUGGGCGGCCGAGUGCUGCUAGUGCUCAUGUUCAUGACUCUGUUACACUUUGACUCCAGCUUCUUCUCUAUCCUGCAGAACAUGGUGGGGACAGCUUUAAUCAUUCUGGUGGCCAUCGGCUUCAAAACCAAACUGGCAGCCCUGACCCUGGUCGUGUGGCUCCUUGCCAUCAACGUGUACUUCAACGCUUUCUGGACCAUCCCCGCCUACAAGCCCAUGCACGACUUCCUCAAGUAUGACUUCUUCCAGACCACCUCGGUCAUCGGCGGCCUGCUGCUGGUGGUGGCGCUCGGCCCCGGCGGCGUGUCCAUGGACGAGAAGAAGAAGGAGUGGUAGGCGGAGCGGGAGAAUCACGCCGCACACCCUCACCACCAUGGGACACAGAGACCACCCCUCUCUGACUGUUCUGCCCACAGGAUACACAGCGUGUUGCGGGGGAAACACCUCAAUCUAUCAGUGGACUAUGUUUCUUUUUUUUUUUCUUUUUUGGUCCCAACUGCUAAUAUUUUUUUUUUUUUUUUUUUUUUUUUUUGGUUUAUUAAAAAAAUGACUUUUUUAUCAUCAUUUUCAAAGCCUCAGCCUUCAAUGUCUGUAUGAAUAAAAAUGCUUGUUUAUUUUAAAGUGGAGCAGGAGAAAAAAACCCCAACGGUUAAAUAAAUGUUUGUUCUAUGUUUAGAGGAAUAAAAACAAUUCAUUGUAUGUUGCAGGUGUUAUGUCAUAACUGACCAUAAAUCAACAUCGAUAUUUUCUGAAUUAAACAAGCAGAUUAGAUGGGAGGGGCCUGCAGUUUGGCUAAUCCGAAGCCAGUUUUUGUUUCUUUAAGUAUUUAACUAUUGCAGUUUGGAGAGAGAGAGAGAGAGACACUCGGCUACAAGGCUUGGCUCUCUGUGUCUCAUCUCCCUGCAUCUUUCUUUUUUUGUUAUUGUUUUCCACAAUAUCCAGCACUAUAGUGUCUUUCCCAUUUGUACACAUUGAGUCUGGUCUCACUGCCAGCUUUUGUUUGUGUGGAGACGGUAAAGUGUACUUUAUAUAUACUAAGUGGUGGAUUGCAGACAUUUCAUUGGAAAAACUUCAGCACAGUUAUCAGCUCCAGGACUUAGCGGGCGCUUUGUACCGUACGUCUUUGACAAAUGCCUAACUAGUGAACUGUGUAUGAUUUCCAAGGUUAAUUAUAAGGGCGAGCGAGAGCGGCUCGACGUCUUGGGAGCAUCGUAUUCUGAGACGCAGAACGGCAAAGAAGACUGAGCUCAGUCACCAGCCACACAGACUCUGUCUUUGCUCAGUGCUUCUUACCCUGUGUGAGAACACUUAAACAAAAAAGUAUUCAAUGUAUUAAUUUUCAGAAGUUUAUAGUGUAUUUUUGAUCAUGUUUUUGUUUUUGUUUUUUGGAAGUUCAUGGCGGGAAAAAAAAAUAAACGUUCAGAAAUACCAA